GAAAUCACUUAGUCCACGAUGAGUCUGCAGGCAGCUGUGAGGCUUAUUUUCUCGGUGGCGUGCAUCGCCUCUGCAGCCUCCGCUUGCAUCAGCUGCGAUCCACGAAUCAUCUGCUCGGAACACGACCAGAUCGUCUGCAGCAAUGAUUGCUCCAAGGUGAUGAAAUGUGGAGGCGAUGAUCAGGAGGGCUAUUUUCCAGUAGUCAUAACGAAAUGCGCUGUGGAUGACAAUAUGAAAUGUAGCGCAACGAAACAGGCUUGCGUGCCGGCUGAAGAGUCGAGAUGUGUUCCCCGCAGCGAAGAUGAGCGCUUGUUCAUAUGUCGCGGCGAGGGGAACUUCCCCGACCCGUACAACUGCCAGAAGUACCACAUGUGUCCCGGAGAGGGCGAGAUUUCUCAACCUGCGUCUUGCAGGGGAAACUCUGCUUACAAUUCUCUCAAAAACGAUUGCAGCCUCAAAAUAUCGGAUCGCUUCUGUACUGAAGGACCCAUCAAAGCUUGUGGUCAAUCAGGCCAAAUGGGCAUCGUCGAAGAGAAUCCAGCCAUGUACUACGCGUGCAAGAUGCACGGAGGCGAACUCGUCCCCGAAGUGUAUGGAUGCCCCGAGGACACCACCUUCGACCUCAGUCUUAAAAGAUGUGUUGAGACUGGAGAGGACUAAGUUAUCUUCGAGGAGGCCUAAGCACCGUGAUGCCGACUACAUCUGCAGUAAAAUUCUAUUUUUAAGCAGGUUCAGCUUCUUUGAUUGUAGCUAAAUUCAGCAUGCAAUUCGAUUCUAUUCUCUGCUCUUAAAUUUUGCUGAAUUUGUGAUAUAUGUUUUGCUUUAAUUCUUCAUGUAAAGUAGUUGUACACUUAAUAAUUUGGUGAAGAAACGAGUUGCUAAAAUUAUAUAAUCUAAGAAGAGAUAACAGAGUAAAAAAUAUUUUACUAGUGCAAUUUUUAAAGUAUUUACUCUCCGCCUGUAUUUCUGACUUUUUACGAGGUCUGCUAGGAAGAGAAUAUCGACACCUCCUUGGUAGCACCACUCGGCGAUUCCCUCACCCAGAUUUGCACCUCUGCAUCUACAAGCAACCCACCUCUCUGACAAACACAGUAAAGUAAUAUUUAGGACUAUCUCUUAACAAAAACUAGUAUAGAGAACAAGUA